AUGGGUUCUGCCGAGUCCACUUUCAUUAAACUUACUUGGCGCUGGGUCCAGAGUGAUCAUGAAGGCUCUGGCUCCAGGUGGAGACUCACCAUUGCACUCCGGUGUGUUGAAGCUUGCGACGAACUCAAAAUGGGUUUGCUCGGGCGCAUAGUUUUUGAGAGUGGGGAGGCCUUCGGGCCAUCCCUUAAUAAUAUUAAAAGAAUUUCUCGGUUACUAUCAAAUAAGUCACCGCUGCGGUUGCGACUAUAUUGGCACGUGCUCAAUGAUAAUUUUUAUUAA